AUGGCUACUGGCAAAUAUAAUUUUGGUAUGAUUAUGUGGGAGUUUAUUACAGGUCAAAAGGCCUUUUGGGAUAAAGUUCAUAAUACUGCACUUGAAGUCCAAAUUAUUACAAAUAACCCUUGA